GUUAUUUCCUCCUUGACAUGAGGAUACUCCUCGGAGGUCUCGAGUCUUGAGAAUUCUGAUUGGUUUGCAUGUCUUUAUCCUUCUCGUUACACUGCCGACUACAGGUUUUGCAGAGUUAUGACGGCGCCCGGGGGCGUAUUUAUGCGGGUUCAUAUAAACAGAAACUUUGAAAACGACCUUGUGUGUACGACGUUAUUUUUGAAAACGGAGGGGCAGAAAUAUUCGUUUCUGUAAAUACCCGGCUCUGUGUAAACGUGGCCUUUAGACUCUGUCCGUCACCUGACGACGUCACCAGUUGUCACCUGAGGAGAGGGGCGGAGCCUCCACAGCGCUGAGCAGGAUGCAGACCCGAGGUGCACUUCCUGCUUCUGCAUUUGUCUGAACCUGCUGAUCCACGACAGAACCUUGCUGGAUCUGGUCUCAGUCUGGAUUCAGGACUCCGUUGUGUUCAGGACUCCGUUGUGUUCAGGACUAACGGGAGACCGGGACUAACGGGAGACCGGGACUAACAUGAUGCACCUGAUCAACAGUAAAGCUUUGAUCCUCCUGUCGGCUCUGAUGCUGGGAGGGCUGUUCUGCUACAUCUUCCACUCCUACAGACUGGCCAAUGAUGUCAUCCCUGAGAGUCAUGAGUUCCACUUGAUGGCUCCAGAUCAUCUUCUCUACGAGCAGCCGAGCAUCCUCCAUGGUCGUAGCGACGUGGUGACGGUGACGCCCUGGCUGGCUCCGGUGGUCUGGGAGGGAACCUUUGACCCGCAUCUACUUGACAGCAUCUACAAGCUGAGGAACAUCACCGUGACGGCCACCGUGUUCGCUGUUGGAAAGUACGUCAUGUUCCUGAAAAGCUUCCUGGAGACGGCAGAGCAGCACUUCUUCGUUGGUUUCAAAGUUCACAUUUACGUGUUCACCGACCGGUCGAACGAGGUUCCCCGAGUCCGGAUGGCCGCCGGCAGACAGCUGACGGUGCGCUCGGUGCCCGGCUCCGAGCGUUGGCAGGAGAUCUCCGCCCGCCGGAUGGAGCUGAUCCAGACGCUGAUCGAGGAGCAGCCCCCGACCCCCCGCGGCUACAUCUUCUGUCUGGACGUGGACUCUCGGUUCCACGGCCGCUGGGGGUCCGAGUCGCUCGGCGCUCUGGUCGCCGUGACGCAUCCGGGUUACUACCGGGACCCCCGCAGCCGGUUCCCCUACGAGCGCCGGCCGGCCUCCAGGGCCUACCUGGCUCUUGGCCAGGGAGACUUCUACUACUGCGGGGGGGCCUUCGGGGGACUCCUGCAGGAGGUGCACCUGCUCGCCAAAACCUGCCGCCAGAACUUUGAGGCUGACGCCCAGGAGGGCAUUGAGGCGGCCUGGCAGGAGGAGAGUCACCUAAACAGGUAG